GGAAAUAAGGCUGCCUUCACUUAAAUAUCCUUUCUACUGCUUCCCAGCUUUCUUUUCUCUUUCUUCUUUUCAUUCAAUUCUCAACAUAAAUAUUGCAAAAUGCGAUCCAAUGCCUUACUAUUGGCUAUCGGGCUUUUUGUCACGGACUCUGUGUUUGCUGGCCCUUGUAAGCCCAGAUCUUCCUCGUCAAAUGCAAUAACGACGACUUCCAUAACUAGUGCAAUCGAGUCCACUACGACUACUCUGGGAACAUCUACUGAUGUCUCCUCCAAAACAACAACCUUGGAGGCGACCACGACUACCUCCGUUGUAGAAACCACCGCGACGACAUCGAAUGCCCAGACAACUACCACUGCGGCGUCGGACGCCCCGACAAUUGCCGACAUCACCACCACAACUUCGGAGGCUGAGAGCACCACCACCGCUGCCGUGGCCACUCCAACCUUCAAAAUCGUUGGUGGCGGCGGCGCUGUGAAUGGCGCAGUUCUCAAAAGUCUUGAUGUUGAGGGCAGCCCAAUAAUGUUUAACCCCAACUACCCUCUCAACGAUUACAAACCCAGAACGUACAUCAUCGAGCCCAGCACCGGCCGAGUUAAAGAUAAAGACACCGGAUACUAUUUGUGCGCAUACUAUCAAAGCUCUGGCGUGAUCGAGCCGGCCAAUAUUGCAGUGUGCACAGGCACCCCCGGUCCCGACCAGACAUCCGAGUACGUGAACUGCCGGGUCGUCGGUGGCAAGCUCUCAUGCACAGUUCCUCAAACCGUGUGCACCAUGGACUUCUUUGACCCUUUCAGCCUCCCAACAUGCGAAACUUCGUCCAGCAACGAAGUAUACGAUCAGCUUUAUUACCGGGUGCUUGGUGACCAAUACAUCUUUCUUGGCACAGGUAGCCCUGAUAAUACUUAUGCGGCCGUCGACCUCAUUGCUCAAGAAGCAUGAGCUAAUGGACCGAGGAUAGCAGUUCAGGAUGUGUUAUUUCCAGUAAAAGCUACAUUCUACACCCCAUGUUUCAGUACUCAGCAAUCUAUACAAUUAUUUUGGGAACUUGUACCUGAAUCAAAGACACCGCAAAAAGUGCAAACGUUCGUCACGUAAUUGAGUAGAUGCGCGUUGGUAAGCUAGGCUGUAGGUGUCUUGUUAUGGAUCUAAAACUCCAGUCUAUCUGUACAGAAUAAAAGAAGACGGCAAAAUUUAUGGC